AUGGAGUGCACGAUUAGAGGUACUAAAUUGACUCAUGAAUUUCUCUCUAUGCCAGAGUGUCCCCUCCCUUUAUUAGGACGGGAUUUCCUAUGCAAACUGAAUGCGCAGGUGACCUUUUCUGAGAGUUCCGUGCAGCUCCACAGCCCUCCAGAAUUGGCAUGGAGAGCACAAAUCUGCCUUUUGAUGGGAUCGGCUCCGGACGAUAACAGUGCAAGUAUCCCUUCAAGUGUAUUGGAUGCGGUGAUUCCCUUGGUUUGGGCCUCAACAAAGCCAGGCAAAGCAAAAAACGCGACUCCGGUCAAAAUAGAGCUGCAACCAGGAGCGAAGCCAGUUAGGGUGCAUCAGUACCCUAUUAAGCUAGAAGCACGUAGAGGAUUGGAACCCCUAAUUAAUGCCUUCUUGCAAUAUGGCUUGCUUAGAGAGUGUCAGUCUGAAUUCAAUACACCAAUCCUGCCGGUAAGGAAACCGCACUCCCAAGAAUAUCGACUGGUCCAGGACCUGAGGGCAGUGAACCAAAUAACAAAAGAUAUCCAUCCAAGUGUGCCAAACCUAUAUACUCUUUUAGCCUCGGUGCCUGAGACUAACAAUUGUUUUACAGUGCUAGUUAAAGAUGCUUUUUUCUGUAUUCCUAUAGAGGAACAAAGCCAGACAAUUUUCGCCUUUGAAUGGGAAAGUCCCACUACGAGGAGGAUGGAGCAGUUAUGCUGGACGGUCCUUCCUCAAGGAUUCAAGGACAGCCCUAUCCUGUUUGGUGAGAUCUUGGCCAAAGAACAAGCCCAAUGGCAGGAAGGUAACAAAAAUGUCACUCUUUUACAGUAUGUGGAUGAUAUUUUGAGUGGAGUGGAUUCAGAGCAAAUAUGUUUAGAGGCGACAGUGAGUCUGUUCUAUUUUUUGGGACUUGCCGGGUAUCGUGUUUCAAAGAAAAAGGCUCAGAUUGCGAAGAAGGAAGUCCAAUAUCUUGGAUUAACCCCAGGGGAACACUGGCAGAUCGAUUUCUCUCAAUUGCCUAAAUGUGGUCGGUUUAAAUAUUUACUUGUUUUGGUAGAUACAUUUUCUGGUUGGCCAGAAGCCUUCCCAUGCUCCACCAAUCGUGCAAAAGAGGUAAUUAAGAUUUUACUAAAAGAGAUAGUUCCUCGAUUUGUGAUUCCUGAAGGUAUAUCCUCAGAUAAUGGACCUCAUUUUAUUUCAGAGGUGGUUCAAGGAACAUCCAGAUUUUUACAGAUGAAAUGGGAAUUACACACUCCGUGGAGACUCCAGUCUAGCGGUAAGGUAGAAAGAAUGAACCAAACACUUAAAAGACAUAUUUCAAGACUGUGUCAGGAAACCCAUCUUAAAUGGGUAGAUGUAUUACCAAUGGCCUUGAUGAGAAUAAGAAUAACCCUGGGAAUAAAAGAGGGAGUAAGCCCUUUUGAAACACUUUAUGGGAAACCUUAC